AAGCAUCUUUCCAUGUCACUGCUUUGGUUUGAACAUUGUGUAUGUGUAUUGAGUAGGGAAGUUCUGUUGUUCUGGUAAUAUUUGGUUUAUGUCUGUUUGUUCGGUUCUCGAACCUAAACUAAUCUGAAGAAAUGAGCGACAUAGAUGACGUCUGGGAUGAUUUAUCAGGUUUACCAGCCGAUCCACCUAGAAAGAGAGAAAUAUGCCCAAGCUGUAGGAGACCUGCUGUUGUUUGCUGGUGCCCAUAUCUACCGAAGACCCCACUGGAUAUACAGUGUCGUUUGAUUUUACUCCAACACCCAGCAGAGGAGAAACGUUGCCUCCGUACAGCCCCAAUGCUUUCGUUGGGACUUUUACCUGGGAAAUGCUUGAUAUUCAAAGGGAAAAAAUUUCCCCUGAACAAGCACAUUGGUCUGGAAGAAAUAUUGAAGUCACCAGACGCACUGCUUUUGUAUCCCUCCAAGGAUGCUGUUGAAAUCUUCCGGUUGCCUUCUGUCUCUGAGAGAAAGUCUCCAUAUGACCUAAUCGUGAUUGAUGGAACAUGGCCUCAAGCGAAAGCUAUUUUCCAUGCCACACCUCUGUUGCACAACAUCAGACAGGUGAAAUUGGUCCAUGGAUUAAUUAGUGAGUAUGUAAUCAGGAGCCAACCAACAGAUGGAUGUCUGUCUACACUCGAAGCUGCUGCCCAAGCACUGUCACACUUAGAGGACCGUGCAGAUGUGACAGAUGUAUUAUUACGACCAAUGCAUGCACUGUGCAACUUUCAGUUAGAUUAUGGUGCAGUUACACACAGCAGCACGGAAGCAAGAGUACGUAAUGGAACAUAUCCACGGCAGAUAGGCAAACGUCUCAGUCGACUUUUGGCAGCUAAUUCUGAAAUUGAUGACACCAGCUGUACCUGACAGCUAGAAGGUGGUUAAGUAUUUAGGGAGAAAUUACUUGCUUUUUUGCUUGGCCAUUCAUCAUUUCUCCUCUAAUGUGAAGGCUAAUGAAGUCCAUAGCAGACAAGAAAAGAGUGGUCUGCAAAUUAGGUGCAGUGCGGUGCUCCAGAGACACUUUAUGUAUCUUGAGACAGAUGAAGGUGAUGGGAAAAGUAACACCGAGAAUGUUAUUGUAUUAGUGAUGGCUGAUCUGCUAUUUGAACUCACUUUAUUCCUCCAAAUAACACCAAACCUCAGUCUGUUGCAAUUUGCUCUGUCACCGGGAGUCUUGAUCCAUUCUCAUUAAGAUAAAUAUCUGGAAGCUCUUCCUUGAUGAUCAUAUGCUCUAACCUGAGCGUUUGUCUCUGUGUAUACUGGGGCAUUACUAUAUUUGUUCUGUUUAUGAUAACAUAAAGUUUUCCCAUUCACAUCUUGGUCAGUAGUGAAUUUUCACAAAUAUUUCCAGACAAAUGAAGCCAACUUAAAAAUCUCCCAAAGCAGGUUUGUGUUACUGUUACCAGUUCACCCAGUCAGAGAAUAUACUGUCAUAAGAUGGAACAAUAUGACAUGAUAUUGAGAGUAAAAUAGAUAGUUAUGCAACAGAUUAAGCAUUUCUCUUUGAGUUACUGCCCUGCCCUUUAUGUUAUAGUCAUUUCAGUUUGUGUAGCAGAUGUUCUUGCAUGCAUAAUUAAAGUGGCUGGCAAGAGAGAGAAUAUACAAUUUGAUUUUGGCUUUUUAAGUUUUGCCAUAUUGCUUGUGGACAGACAGCAUAUUAUAUGAAACAGUGUAACUGCUGUACGUUCAUUUAAAUAGUGUUUUGAAACAAUUUUAAUUGUGAAUUCUGUUACUUGUAGCUUCAUGGUUGCUGCAAUAUAAUUAAUUUUCAUUUUGAUUUCUUAAAAAAUGUACAUUUUGUUUAACAUAGUGUAAAACACUAGUUUGGAUGGUAUCUCACGUGCAAUAUGUUUGCUACCUUAAAUUAUGUAUUGUGUACUGUGCCUUUUCUGGUGUCUUUUCAGAAUUAGUUUCAACACGCAGAAAAUUGUGGACUGACUUUGUAAUUCUAUUUUUGCCAUAGUUGGUAUUUACAAUAAUAUAACUAAAUAUGUUUAAAGUUAACAUUGAGCCAGACUGAGAUAAUGGCACAGUUUCUGCUUAUGAAGAUGUAUUUUAAACACUAUGUUGGAAAUACAAGGUUGUAAUGUAUUUGGUAAUAGGAUUUUUAUGAAAUGCUCUUUGUUUUUAGUGCCACUUGGAUCAAAAGAAAUGCAUUUUAUGUCUUUUGCAGCUAUGCUUGGAAAGGUUAAUUUUGUUGUAAAAUCAUAUAUCCUUUAAGGAUGUUGUUUAUGUCAGAAGCUUUAGCUGAGGUACUAACUGGUUGUGCUUUAGUAUGUUACACACCAGGAAUAUGCUAAAAGAAGAUCCUGCAAAAUCAGUCGUGCAAUAAUUUUUACAGUGUUUUCAUCAGAAACUAACUGAUAAUGUUGCUAAAUAAAUAUUGUGAUACUUUA